UGCUCAAACCCCAAAUCCCAUUUUCACUUUCUCUCUUUUUUCUCUUUCACACUGAACAACACUUCACUGUGAGAAAUGGCUGUGAAUUGGUUCCUCUGCAUUGCCACUCUUCUCUGUUUUCUGACAGCCGUCAACGCAAAAAUCGCCGGCGUUUACACCGGUGGCCCCUGGACAAGUGCCCACGCCACCUUCUAUGGAGGCUCUGAUGCUUCUGGAACCAUGGGUGGGGCUUGUGGUUAUGGGAAUCUGUAUAGCCAAGGGUACGGAGUAAACAACGCGGCAUUGAGUACGGCACUUUUCAACAAUGGGCUGAGCUGCGGCGCUUGCUUUGAGAUAAAGUGUACUGAUCCCACUAAGGACUAUUGCAACCCUGGAAACCCUUCCAUCUUGGUAACAGCAACAAAUUUCUGCCCACCAAACUUCGCCUUGCCUAACGAUAAUGGAGGUUGGUGCAACCCACCUCGCCCACAUUUCGACCUUGCCAUGCCCAUGUUCCUUAAAAUUGCUGUGUAUCGUGCUGGCAUUGUUUCUGUCAACUACCGAAGGGUUCCAUGUAGGAAGGCAGGAGGAAUCAGAUUCACAAUCAACGGUUUCCAAUACUUUAACUUGGUGUUAGUGACGAACGUUGCAGGUGCAGGGGAUAUUCAGAAUGUUUAUGUUAAAGGCACAAACACGCCAUGGAUUUCCAUGACUCGCAAUUGGGGUCAAAAUUGGCAAACAAAUGCAAAACUAGUGGGACAGGCCCUUUCUUUUAGAGUUACUGGCAGUGAUCGACGUAGCUCCGCUUCCUACAACAUUGCACCAGCUAACUGGCAAUUUGGCCAGACUUUCCAGGGCAAGAAUUUCCGGGUUUAAUUUUGACCCAAAAAAAGAAAAAAUCACACCAUUUCCCGCCUUCAAUUGUUCUCUUUUUUAUCUGGGAAAAAUUUGAAGUAUCGCGGGGAUUAGUUUCUUUUUCUUUUUUAUUACUAUCAUCUUUCUGGGGAAUGGGUUUCUUACUCUUUUCUUCUUCUUUUUUUUUUUUAAAAAAAAAUUAUCUACUUUUGCUUCUUCCUUUUUUUUUUUACCUUAUGUGAUGCAAGUUGGGUGUUGUUAAAGUUAAAAGUGAAAAGUUAUAGAGGCUGAAGUGGCUACAAAAGGACCAAAUUUAGGGGGGGAAAUUGUAGCCCGCAGCUUUACUUGCAUAUUGUUAUUAUGGUGAUAUAAUGGCAAAUUACUGCCUAAGUUUAUGAAUAUAUAUUUA